GCCACAUAUCAAUUAACGCGUCUUCGUUCGGUGAACGCGUCUUUCUGUGCACUUUUUCUAGACUCACGCUUUCUCCUAAUUCCAGGUCGAGGAUGUUAAUCAUAAGGUUGUUAUGAUGACUUCGUUGGAUGAUAUACCCGGAAACAUGCUCCGGAAGCCUUCGGGCGAGACGGGGGAUGAGCUCCAAAGAGCUUCGUCUAACUAUAAGCCAUUACACUCUUUUAAGCUGGAUAAGGAUAAACCGUAUCGGCAGCAGUUCGCCGAUAUGUACUUCCUACGGCUCACUAAGAUCAAGCCUGCAGUUGAACAGUUGGCGUCCGCUGCUUGGGAUGACACGCUCGUCGGUAAUGAGCCGGUUCAGAAGGUUGAGAGAGUGUUGGAUAUCAGGCAAGGCCAGUUGUGCUGGGUCUCAGGAACCGUCUACAUGGACAUGCCCUUAAAGCCUAAUAUUCUCGAAGACGUAUCCAAGGAUCGAUGGCUCUCGGCACCCAUCUCGAAUAAGAAGUACUACUCAGAUGACGGCUCCGACGCCGUCACCCUAGAAGACGAGUCCGGUAGGAUACGACUCGUGGGCGACAUACUAAACUCCGUGCUCCUCGUGACCGGGUGCAUUAUCGCCGUCAUAGGCACCGAGAACGUGAACGGCGAGCUCGAAGUCAUCGACCUGAAAUUCCCCGACCUAGCCCCGCAACCGGAACGCUGGGCGCUAUCCGACCCUCCCGCAGAUACUAAGGUCUCUUCCUCCUCGAAGAAGAGAAAAGUCAAAGACGAAGAUACCGAAAUGGCAGACGAUGACGACGACGAUAACAGGCCCAAGGCGAGAAGCGGGCGCAAAAUCGCCCUCGUCUCCGGCCUAGGCUUCUCCGGCACCGACGCCUCGCACGCCAUCGAGCUCAACCUGCUCCUCGAGUUCCUGCUGGGCGAGACCCUCGACCCCUCGGCGCAGCGGGAGCUCUCGCAGAUAAGCCGGCUGAUCAUCGCGGGUAACUCGAUCUCGCUCGAGGACCGACGACCUGGUGCCGACGAAGACUCGGCGACGACGGAAAAAAAGGCCCACAAGAAAUACGGCUACGACAGCAGCGCGUACAACCCCCUACCCUCCCAGCUCCUCGACGAGUUCCUCGCCGCCUUGCUCCCCUCCCUCCCCGUCACCCUGCUCCCCGGCGCCCAGGACCCGGCCAACGCCAGCUUCCCCCAGCAGCCCGUCCACCCGGCCAUGUUCCCGCACUCGCGGCCGUAUACGGCGCCCCCGACCACCAACACCAACACCGCCGCCGAACCCGGGUGGUUCGACGCCGUGACGAAUCCCUGGGAGGGCGAGGUCGACGGCUGGCGCGUGCUGGGGACCGCCGGCCAGAACGUCGACGAUAUCUGCAAGUACGUCGAUAGCAACGAUCGGCUCGGCAUGAUGGAGGCCAUGUGCCGGUGGCGGUGCUGCGCGCCGACGGCGCCUGACACGCUAUGGAGCUACCCAUUCCAAGAAGACGACCCGUUCGUCAUGCAGACGUGUCCGCAUCUCUUUUUCGCCGGCUGCCAGCCCGGGUUCGGCACCAAGGUCAUCACGGGCCCGGAAGGCCAGACCGUCCGGCUCGUCGCCGUGCCGUCCUUUGCGGAUACCCAGGAGAUAGUACUGGUAGACACCGAGACGUUAGAAGUCACCAAGGUGAAGAUUGCCGCGGUCUAGGAGACUACGGCUACGACUGCGUCUCGGGCUCGAGUUAAAAGGUAACUAGGUACGCGAAGAUAUAUUAAUAGGAUGGGAGGAAACCCCAAAAUAAAAAGUUCCUACCGAUGAUAUCCAUUUAUAAAGUACCUAGCAAAAGUUGAAGAGCAAGAAACCCAAGGAUGUUUAUGGGUAGGGACUAGCAGCCAUCUAUCAUAUAAUUACAUGGCGUUGGUUGGGGGAGCUUAAAGCAUUAUUAGAAAAAUC